AUGGCCCUCGACGGCAGGCACCGUUGGGUGGCGCAGAAGCUAAUGGAGUCAUUCGAGCUCAUUGAUUCGAGCAUCGCUCUAAGCUUCUUCAGCUCCACUGAGUCCAAUGCCGCCCAGAUGAGCGCCUUCUUUGAGGGCACCGGCCCUCCCAAGAUCAUCUUCUACUACCAGGUCCCUGAGAUGCUGAACGCGGAGGGGGACUUUGUGCGGCAGGGGGAGAUCCCAAAGCUUAGCCUCAACACCUCAGAUGUUGACAGCCUUCGAGGCAAAGCUGUGUACUUUAUCCGCAACUGUCCCAAAGCUGUGGCUGAGAAGACAGUUGAGCAGGAUUUACUGAUGGGUGAAAUCUGCCGGGGGGCGCUCGAGAGCUUCCGCCAGCUCAUUGCUGACGUGUACCUGCCGACGUUCAAGGAGCAGGCGACGUGGGGCAAGUGCACGGAGGAGAACGUGCAGGAGUUUCUACAGGGCGCGCUCAAGUAUGGACAGACGCUGAGCGAGGCGGUCAACAGCCUGCAGGGGGGGGUUGAGCUGCGCAAGCCCGACAAGAGAUACGUGGACGGCAUUGAGCUCAAGCCACAGGCGUUCAACAAGGCGGCGGCGGAUGCAGAGGUGGCCGAGCAUUUCGAGCAGGUGCUGGACGAGUGGUGCACGCAGACGGAGCGGUUGCUGGAGGAGGCGGACGACGGGCGCAAGGACGGCGACAUGGCCGGACCGGACACAGAGCUCGAAUACUGGCGGCGACGAAUGGCCAAGUUCAAUUCCAUCACCGAGCAGCUCAAGAGCAAGGAGUGUAAGCUGGUGAUGGGCGUGACGAUGGCGGGGCGAAGCAAGGCCCACCGGAACUGGAAGGCGAUCGACACGCGGGUGACUGAUGCGGCGAACGAGGCCAAGGACAACGUCAAGUAUCUGACGACCCUGGAGAAGAGCCUGGAGCCCAUGUACACCGGCAUCCCGCAGGCGAUCAUCGACAGCCUGCCGGCGCUGAUGAACAACAUCAAGAUGAUGCACACGAUCGCGCGCUACUACAACACGCCGGAGCGCAUGACCACGCUCUUCGUCAAGGUGACCAACCAGAUGAUCACCAAGUCCAAGGAGUUCAUCACCGCGCCCGGCAAGCUCUGGGACCAGGACAAGCAAACCCUGAUCGCUAACCUCGGGUUAUGCGUCCGGCUGAACGAGCAGUACCAGGAGCAGUACCGGCUAACCCGCGACCGGCUGCUAACCCAGCCCAAGGGCAAGCAAUUUGACUUCAACGAGCAGCGCAUCUUCAGCCGGUUCGACCUGUUUUGCAAGCGGGUGACGAAGCUGGUGGACAUGUUCACGACGGUGCACCAGUUCAGCACGCUCGCGCAGCACAGCCACAUCGAGGGCCUCGCCGACAUGACCAAAAACUUCUUCGCCAUCGUGGACGAGUUCAAGAAGAAGCCCUACGACCUGCUCGACUACAUGAAGAGCCAGUUUGACCGCGACUACCUGGAGUUCAACGUGAACAUCAGCGACCUGGAGGCCGGGCUGCAGGGCUUCAUCAACGCGAGCUUUGAGAACAUCACGUCCACCGAGCACGCGCUCAGCCUGCUGCGCCAGUUCCAGGCCAUCCUGCAGCGGGACACGCUCAAGGCAGACCUCGAGGACAAGUACAUGGUGAUCUUCCAGAACUACGGGCUGGACCUGGAGGCGGUGCAGAAGAUCUACGAGAAGUACAAGCACGCGCCGCCGCUGGUGCGCAACGCGCCGCCCGUGGCGGGCAGCAUCAUGUGGGCGCGCCAGCUGCUGCGGCGGAUCGAGGAGCCGAUGAAGAAGUUCGCGCACAACAAGACCAUCAUGGCCACCAAGGAGUCCAAGCGCAUCAUCAAGACCUACAACAAGGUCGCCAAGGCGCUCGUCGAGUUCGAAACGCUCUGGCACCAGGCGUGGAUCCGGAGCGUGGACGCAAGCAAGGCGGGGCUGCAGGCGACGCUGAUCGUGCGGCACCCGGAGAGCGGGUCGCUGCUGGUCAACUUCGACAAGGAGAUCAUGCAGCUGAUGCGCGAGACCAAGUACCUGCAGCGCAUGGGCAUCGAGGUGCCCGAGGCCGCCAAGAUGGUGCUCCUCCAGGAGGAGAAGUUCAAGUACUACUUCAACCAGCUGAGCUACGCGCUGCGCGAGCACGAGCGCGUCAUGAGCGCGGUGCUGCCCGUGACCAAGCCGCUGCUGGGGCCGCACCUGGACGACCUGGAGAAGAAGAUCCAGCCCGGCAUGUACAUACUCACAUGGACCUCCAUGAACAUCGACGGGUACCUGCACCGCAUCCACAACGGGCUGCAGCGGCUGGAGGAUUUGAUCCGCAAGAUCAACGACAUCGUGGACAACCGCAUCGACGCCAAUCUUAAGGCCAUCAGCAAGAACGUGCUGAUCGACCUCCCGCCCGACCGCUCCUUCACCUUCGAGGACUUCGUCACCACGCAGUCGCGCUUCAUCAAGCGCCAGUCCGAGUUCAUGGAGAUCAGGAACCGCGAGGUGGAGCGCGCCGUGAGCGAUCUGAUCGAGCUCGCGGCCGGCUUCCCGCGCGAGAACGAGGACAUGCACAUCCCCGCCGCCGAGGUUGCCCGGUUCAAGAACUACUACAGCAAGCUCAUGUACCAGGCCAUCCUGGCGGCGACCAAGAACUCGUUCAACAAGAUGAAGAGCCGCCUUGGGUCGCGCGUGUCGGGCGGGUUUUUGUUCGUGGAGCGGCCGUUCUUCGAGGUGGACGUGGAGCUGACGAUCCCGAACGUGAGCAUGAACCCGUCGCUGGAGGACAUCCAGGACGCCAUCAACACGACCGCCAAGAAGGUGCUCUCCUGCUCCAAGGAGCUGCGCGCGUGGAACGCGGAGCACACGUCCGGGAACAGCCCCAACAGCUUCUUCGACUACCUGGCGUCCGACAAGGAGAUCGUGAAGAGCGUGCUGCUGCUGACGGGCAGCAUCGAGGGGACGAAGCACCAGGUGAUGGCGUACGUGUCCAUGUUCGACAAGUACAACUUCCUGUGGAAGCACGACAUGCAGGCCGAGUACAGCGAGUUCAUGAAGACGCAGCCCACGCUGGAGGCCUUCGAGAACGAGCUGCGCAAAUACAUGGCCAUCGAACAGGAGAUUGCAAUGAUUGCACCGGUGCACAACAUCGGCGCAAUCUCGCUGGAGACGCAGCCCAUGAAGUACAGCUUGAAGGCGGAGGCGGCGUCGUGGAAGGCGCAGUUCGCCAAGAACCUGCACCGCCAGGGCUUCGAGGACCUGAAGGCCAUCAACAACUACAUGCGCGAGACGACCAUCAAGCUCGCGCGCCAGGUGCAGGACCUGGAGGACGUGCGCGCGGUCAUGGGCGUGCUCAAGGAGAUCCGCGACCGCGAGGCCGAGAUCGACGCCAUCCUCACGCCCAUAGAGGAAAUGUACUCCCUGCUCAUGAGGUACGAGGUGCGCGUGCCGAAGGAGGAGAGCGACCAGGUGGGCGACUUGCGGUACAGCUGGAAGAAGCUGCGCAAGCUGGCGGUGGACGUCAGCGACGGGCUGGCCAAGCUGCAGGUCGGCUUCAAGCGCGAGCUCAUCAAGGAGGUCAAGGCCUUCGUCACGGACGUCACCGCCUUCCGCGCCGACUUCGAGGCCAACGGGCCCAUGCUGCCCGGCCUCACGCCCGCCGAGGCCGUCGACCGCCUCAAAAAGUACCAGGGCCUCUUCGAGGUGCGCAAGCGCAAGUGGGUGAACUACAGCAGCGGCGAGGAGCUGUUCGGUCUGCCGGUGACGGCGUACCCGGAGCUGGAGCGCACGGAGAAGGAGCUGCUGCUGCUGGACCGGCUCUACAGCCUGUACACCUCCGUCAUCUCCACCAUCAACGGCUACGCCGACGUCUUCUGGGUCGAGGUCGUCUCCGGCAUCGACCACAUGCAGGAGCAGGUCCUCGGAUUCCAGGACGCGUGCAAGAAGCUGCCCAAGGCGCUGCGCGACUGGCAGGCGUUUGAAGUGUGCCGCAAGACCAUCGACGACUUCCUGCAGCUCCUCCCGCUGCUGCAGCUGCUCUCCACCAAGGCCAUGCGCAACAGGCACUGGAUGCAGUUGAUGCACACGACGGGCAAGACGCUGAACUUGGCGGAGGACGUGCUGAAGCUGGCGCACCUGCUGGACUGCGACCUGCUGUCGCACGCGGAGGACAUCGAGGAGCUGUGCACGGCGGCCGUGAAAGAGGAGCAGGUGGAGAGCAAGCUGCUGGCGAUCGCGGACGAGUGGGCGGAGCAGAUGUUCACGUUCAGCAACUACAAGGCGCGCGGCCUGGUGACGCUGAAAGCGGCGGAGACGGCGGAGGUGGUGGAGCGGCUGGAGGACAGCCAGAUGGCGCUCGGCUCCAUGGCGGCCAACCGGUACAGCGGGCCCUUCAGGGAAGAGGUCAACGGGUGGAUCGUGAAGCUGUCGACGGUGAGCGAGAUCAUCGAGAUGUGGAUGCAGGUGCAGAACAUGUGGAUGUACAUGGAGGCCGUCUUCUCGGGCGGCGAUAUCGCGAAGCAGCUGCCGCAGGAGGCCAAGCGCUUCCAGAACAUCGACAAGAACUACAUGAAGAUCGUGAGCAACGCGUUCGACGUGAAGAACGUGGUGCAGACGUGCUACGGCAACGAGCUGAUGAAGAACCUGCUGCCGCACCUGACGGAGCAGCUGGAGCUGUGCCAGAAGAGCCUCUCCGCGUACCUGGAGACCAAGCGCGCCGACUUCCCGCGCUUCUACUUCGUCUCCGACCCGACGCUGCUCGAGAUCCUGAGCCUGGGCAGCGACCCGCAGGCCGUCCAGCCGCACUUCCAGAGCGGCCUCUUCGACUCCGUCGCCGCCGUCACCUUCGACCGCGCCGACAAAACCAAGAUCACCGAGCUGCACAGCGUGCAGGGCGAGAAGGCGAGUCGGCUCCGCCCUCUUGCUGUGCGAGCGCCCCUGGGAAUCAGUCCUUUUGACCUGGUGAAGCUAGCGGAGCCGGUGUCGGCGGUGGGCAACAUCGAGGACUGGCUCAAGAAGAUGGUGGCCGGCAUGCAGGACACCAUCAAGAAGAUCAUCCGCAAGUCCUGGGAGGAGGUCAACGCGCUGCCCGUCGAAAAGUUCAUCUUCAGCUACCCAGCGCAGGUGGCCCUGCUGGGCAUCCAGUUCCAGUGGACGGCCGACAGCCAGACCGCGCUGGCGGCCGCGAAGAACGACAAGGCGGUGAUGGCGAAGGCCGUGAAGAAGUGCGACACGCUGCUGCGCGAGCUGGUGGACAUCACCACGCGCGACCUGUCCAAGAACGACAGGACCAACGUGGAGACGAUCGUGACCGUCCACGUGCACCAGCGGGACACGUUCGAGGACCUGGUGCGGAAGAAGGUCAAGGAGCCCAGCGACUUCGAGUGGCUCAAGCAGUGCCGCUUCUACUGGCGGGAGGACAUCGACGGCGUGAUCAUCUCGAUCGCCGACGUCGACUUCGAGUACAGCUAUGAGUAUCUAGGCGUAAAGGAGCGCCUGGUCAUCACGCCCCUCACGGACCGCUGCUACGUCACGCUCUCGCAAGCGCUCGGCAUGUACCUCGGCGGAGCGCCCGCCGGGCCGGCCGGAACCGGAAAGACGGAAACCACUAAGGACCUGGGCAGCACGCUGGGCAAGUUCGUGGUGGUGUUCAACUGCAGCGACCAGAUGGACUACAAGGGCAUGGGCAAGAUCUACAAGGGCCUCGCGCAGAGCGGCCUCUGGGGCUGCUUCGACGAGUUCAACCGCAUCAACCUCGACGUCCUCUCCGUGUGCGCGCAGCAGAUCUUCUGCGUCCUCUCUGCCAUCCGCGAGCGCAAGUCCAACUUCGUCUUCACCGACGGCUCGCUGACGCCGCUGGAUCCUCGCGUGGGCUUCUUCAUCACGAUGAACCCCGGGUACGCGGGGCGGCAAGAGCUGCCGGAGAACCUCAAGUCGCUCUUCCGGGGCGUCACCAUGAUGGUGCCCAACAGACAGAUCAUCAUGAAGGUGAAGCUGGCGGCGUGCGGGUUCCAGGAGAACGACAUCUUGGCCAAGAAGUUCUUCGUGCUGUACGGCCUGUGCGAGCAGCAGCUGAGCAAGCAGCCGCACUACGACUUCGGGCUGCGCAACAUCCUGUCGGUGCUGCGCACGGCGGGCGGGCAGAAGCGGCAGAACCCGGACAAGAGUGAGACGUUCCUCAUGAUGCGCACGCUGCGCGACAUGAACCUCUCCAAGUUCGUCGCGGAGGACGUCCCGCUCUUCCUCUCGCUCAUCGAGGACCUCUUCCCUGGGAUCAAGGCCGAGAAGGCCACCUUCAAGGAGGUCGAGGACGCGCUGCUGCGGCAGGUCGCAGAGCGGGGCCUGCAGCCGCACCCGAGCUGGCUGCAGAAGUGCAUCCAGCUGUACGAGACGUACCAGGUGCGCCACGGAAUCAUGGUCGUGGGCCCCACCGGAGCCGGAAAGACUGCCAUCACCACGUGCCUCGCGGCCGCGCUGAGCGAGGUGACGACGAAACACGUCAUCUGGAGGAUGAACCCGAAGGCCAUCACGGCGCCCCAGAUGUUCGGGCGUCUGGAUCCGGUGACCGGGGACUGGACGGACGGCAUCUUCGCGGUGCUGUGGCGGAAGGCGGCCAAGAGCAAGAACCAGAACACAUGGAUCGUGCUGGACGGGCCCGUGGACGCCAUCUGGAUCGAGAACCUCAACACCGUGCUCGACGACAACAAGGUGCUCACUUUGGCGAACGGCGACCGCAUCCCGAUGAUCGGGCAGAUGAAGGCGAUGUUCGAGCCGGAGAACCUGGCGAACGCGUCGCCGGCGACGGUGUCCCGGGCGGGCAUCAUCUACAUCAGCGAGACCGAGCUCGGGUGGGAGCCCGUGGUGCAGAGCUGGCUCGAGAAGCGGCGCCCCGCGGAGGCCGCGCUGCUCAAGCCGUGCUUCGCCAAGUACGUCGCGGAGAUGCUGCAGUUCGUGCGGCUGGAGACGCGGGAGGUCAUGAAGAACCAGCCCGUCUGCCAGGUGAACACGCUGCUGACGCUGCUGGCGUCGUGCCUGCACAACACGGUGGAGGCGAACGAGUUUUUGAGCGAGGGCCACUACGAGCGCAUCUUUUUGUACGCGCUCGCGUGGUCCGUCGGCGGCCUGCUCGGCAUCGACGACCGCAAGCUCUUCGACAAAAGGCUCCGCCAGCUGUCCGACAACAUGCCGGAAUCCGACGGAACGGACGGCGUCUACGAGUUCCUGGUGAACGAGGAGAACACGCAGUGGGAGCACUGGAGCGGCCACGUGCCCAGCUGGGAGUACCCUGCUGACGUGGAGACGCCCAAGUUCGCGUCGCUCGUGAUCCCCACCAUGGACUCCGUGCGCCUGGAGGCGCUGCUGCGGCUCGUGUUCGUGGAGAAUGGAGCCACCCUGCUGGUGGGCGGCCCGGGCACGGCCAAGACGGCGACGGUGAACCAGUUUUUGAGCAAGCUGAACCCGGACCAGAUGAGCAGCAAGACCAUCACCUUCAGCAGCCUGACGACGCCCAAGAUCUUCCAGGCCUCCAUCGAGGGGGCCGUCGAGAAGCGGCAGGGCCGCACCUUCGGGCCGCCCGGCGGGAAGCGGAUGGUCGUCUUUGUUGACGACGUCAGCAUGCCCAGCGUCAACGUGUGGGGAGACCAGGUGACGAACGAGAUCGUGCGGCAGCUGCUGGACCAGGGCGGCUUCUACAGCCUGGAGAAGCCGGGCGACAUGAACAAGGUGGUGGACACGCUGUACAUCGCCGCCAUGAACCAGCCCGGCGGCGGCAAGAACGACAUCCCCAACCGCCUCAAACGCCAGUUCGCCACCUUCAACGUGCCGCUACCCAGCACAGCAGCCAUCAACAACAUCUUCGGCAGCCUUGUCGCAGGACGGUUCGGCGCGGCGCACUUCAGCGCGGCGGUGGUGGAGGUGGCGGCCAAGCUGGUGCCGGCGACGAUCAAGCUGUGGAGCACGGUGACCGCCAAGAUGCUGCCCACGCCCGCCAAGUUCCACUACCUCUUCAACAUGCGCGAGCUCUCCCGGGUCUUCCAGGGCAUCAUCCUCGCGGCGCCGGACCGCUUCGACAAGACCGCGAAGGCCGGCACGUUUGGGGGCACGGUGAAGUCCCCCGAGGGCUACUUGCUCGCGCUGUGGCGCCACGAGUGCGAGCGCGUGUUCGCGGACAAGAUGACCAACCCCGUGGACAAGGCCUGGGUGUCGGACGCCAUCAUGUCGCUGGCGUCCGAGUCGUACGGCAAGGAGAUGACGGCGCAGAUCGAGGAGCCGCUGUACUUCGUCGACUUUCUGCGCGAGGCGGCGGUGGACGCGGAGGGCAACGUGGCGGCGGAGCGGCCCAAGAAGUACGAGGCCGUGCGCGACCUGAGCACGCUCAAGGAGCGGGUGGAGGCGCUGCAGAAAAAGUUCAACGAGGACAACAAGGUGGGCAAGCUGGAGCUGGUGCUGUUCGAGGACGCGCUGCGUCACAUGAUGCGCAUCAGCCGGCUGCUGGGCAUGGACCGCGGCUCCGCGCUGCUGGUCGGCGUGGGCGGCUCCGGCAAGCAGAGCCUCACGCGCCUCGCGGCCUACAUCGCGGGCGCGUUCACGUUCCAGAUCACCAUCACCAAGACGUACAACGUGACCAACCUGCUGGAGGACAUCAAGGCGCUCUACAAGGUCGCCGGCUUCAAGGGCCAGCCCGUGGCGUUCGUCUUCACGGACGCGGAGGUGAAGGAGGAGGCGUUCCUGGAGUACGUGAACCAGCUGCUGAUGACGGGCGAGGUGGCGGGCCUGCUGGCCAAGGACGAGGUGGACCUCAUCGUGAACGACAUCCGGCCCGUCAUGAAGGCCGCGCAGCCGGACACCGUGGACACGUACGAGAACCUGUACAAGUUCUUCAUCGACCGCGUGCGCGACAACCUGCACGUCGUGCUCUGCUUCUCGCCCGUCGGCGACAAGUUUGCGCGGCGCGCCAUGCAGUUCCCGGGGCUCAUCAACGGCUGCACCAUUGACUGGUUCCUGCCAUGGCCCGUCGACGCGCUCAAGGGCGUGGCGACCAAGUUCGUGAGUAACUUCGAGAUGAGCAGCAGCGCGGAGGUCAAGGCGGAGCUGAUCAACCACAUGGCCCACGUGCACAACGCGGUGACCGCCGCCUGCUCCGAGUACUUCGACCGCUACCGCCGCCACGUGUACGUCACCCCCAAGAGCUACCUGUCGUUCAUCAACGGCUACAAGUCGCUGUACUCGCGCAAGUUCGCGGAGGUGAAGGAGCUGUCGGACAAGAUCAGCAGCGGGCUGGCCAAGCUGAACCAGGCCAAGACGGAUGUGGGCAGGAUGAAAAUCGAGCUGGCCGCCAAGAACGUGUCGCUCGCGGAGGCGCAGAAGGUGACGGAGGGGUUGCUCAAGGAGAUCAGCGCGAGCACGGCGGUCGCGGAGAAGGAGAAGGCCAAGGUGUCGGUGGUGCAGAGCCAGGCGAAGCAGAUGGCGGACGAGAUCGGGAAAACCAAGGAAGACGCCGAGCGGGAUCUGGCGGCGGCGAAGCCCGCGAUGGAGGAGGCGGUGGCGGCGCUGAGCAGCAUCAGCAGCAAGGACAUCAGCACUCUCAAGCAGCUGAAGAAGCCGCCGGACAUCGUGAAGCGCAUCUUCGACACGGUGCUGGUGCUCAAGCAGCAGCCGCUGAACAAGGUGGAGUACGAGGACCAGAAGGGCGAGCAGGUGGUCUCGUCCAGCUACCAGUACAGCAUCAACAUGAUGUCCGACAUGGGCUUCCUCGGCACGCUCAUGAACUUCCCCAAGGAGCAAAUCAACGACGAAACCAUCGAGCUGCUUCAGCCGUACUUCCGGUCGACGGACUACAAUUACGAUGCCGCGAAGAAGGCGAGCGGCAACGUGGCUGGCCUGUGCUCGUGGUGCAAGGCCAUGUGCACCUACCACGAGGUCGCCAAGGUCGUCGAGCCCAAGAUCGCCGCCCUCAUGGCCUCCGAGGCCGAGCUCAAGAUUGCGACGAAGAAGCUGAACGAGGCGGAGGAGAAGAUGGCGGCGGUGCAGCGCGAGCUGGACCGCAUGCAGACGCAGUUCGACGCCGCGAUGAAGGAGAAGCGCAUGCUGGAGGAGGACGCCAAUUUGACGCAGCGCAAGAUGGACACCGCCACCGCGCUCAUCAAGGCGCUCGCCGGCGAGGAGACGCGCUGGACGGCGCAGAGCAACGAGUUCGCCGCCACCAUUCAGCGCCUCGCCGGCGACUGCGCGCUCGCCAGCAGCUUCGUCUCCUACUGCGGGCCCUUCAACAAGGAGUUCCGCGAGCUGCUGCUCACGCGGGACCUCGUCCAGGACUGCGUGGCGCGCAAGAUCCCGGUGAGCGAGCAGCUGGCGGUGACCCAGUUCUUGGUGGACGAGGCGGAGCCCGGGGAGUGGAUCCUGCAGGGCCUGCCCACCGACGAGCUGAGCCUGCAGAACGGCAUCCUGGUCACGCGCGCCACGCGCUGGCCCGUGCUCGUGGACCCGCAGGGGCAGGGCCUGCUGUGGCUCAAAACCAAGGAGGCCGCCAACCAGCUGCGCGUCACCAGCCUCAACGACAAGCAGUUCCGCAACCACCUCGAGGACUGCCUCGUCUACGGCAAGCCGCUCCUCAUCGAAAACAUCGAGGAGGAGCUCGACCCGGUGCUGGACCCGGUGCUGGAGAAGCGCAUCGUGAAGAGCGGCAAGGGCUUCAAGAUUGCAUUGGCGGACAAGGAGGUCGACUACUCGCCCUCCUUCCAGCUAUACCUCACCACGCGCCUCCCCAACCCGCACUUCACGCCCGAGCUCAGCGCCAAGGUGACGGUGAUUGACUUCACAGUGACGAUGGCCGGCCUGGAGGACCAGCUGCUGGGCAAGCUCAUCCUCAAGGAGAAGCACGAGCUGGAGGAGCAGCGCCAGAAGCUGCUCGAAGAAGUCAACAGCUACAAGAAGAAGAUCAAGCAGCUGGAGGACGACCUGCUGUUCCGGCUGAGCACGAGCACGGGCAACCUGCUGGACGACACGGAGCUGAUCGACGUGCUGGCGGUGACCAAGCAGACCGCGCAGGACGUGAACGAGAAGCUGGCCAACGCCACGGAGACCAACCGCAAGAUCACGGAGGCGUGCGAGGAGUACCGCCCCGUGGCGCGGCGCGCGACGCUGGUGUACUUCCUCAUCGCGGAGUUCAGCUGCGUGAACGUGAUGUACCAGACGAGCCUGAAGCAGUUCAACCGGCUGUACGAGGGCGCCAUCGACCACGCGGAGAAGGCGGUGAUGCCCAGCAAGCGCAUCGCCAACAUCAGCGACUACCUCACCUUCUCGCUCUACAAGUACGUGCAGCGCGGCCUGUUCGAGCGGCACAAGCUGACGUUCGCGCUCAUGCUGGCCAUGCGCAUCCUGGUGGCGGACAAGAAGCUGAGCGAGCCGGAGGUGGCGUGCCUGCUCAAGGGCGGCGCCGCGCUGGACAUCAAGGCCGUGCGCAAGAAGGCUAAGGACUGGAUCCCCGACGCCGUCUGGCUCAACGUCAUCGCCAUGACCGCGCUGCCGCAGUUCCAGGACCUGGCGGACGCCAUCACGCGCGCGGAGGCGAUCUGGAAGCAGUGGUAUGACCAGGAGGCGCCCGAGGCGGCGCGGGUGCCCGACUACGAGGACCGGCUGUCCAAGUUCGACCGCAUGCUGCUCGUCAAGGCCUUCCGCGACGACCGCACGCUCAUCGCAGCCACCGACUUCAUCGCAGACAGCCUUGGCCCGCGGUACGUGGAGAGCAUUCCGUUGAGCAUGGAGGCCAUCUGGGCGGACAGCGGCGCCAAGACGCCGCUGAUCUGCCUGCUGUCGCCGGGCGCGGACCCGACCAAGCUGAUCGAGGACCUGGCGAAGCGCAAGAAGAUCAAGGUCAUGGGCGUCUCCAUGGGCCAGGGCCAGGAGAUCAUCGCGCGCAAGUACAUGGCCGCCGCCGUGCAGGAGGGCUGCUGGGUCCUCCUGCAAAACACGCACCUCGGCCUCAACUACUUGACGGAGGUGGAGCAGUUUUUGACCAAGACGGAGGAGAUGCACGAGGACUUCCGGCUGUGGAUCACCGCGGAGCCGCACCCCAAGUUCCCCAUCGGCCUGCUGCACAUCGGGAUCAAGAUCACCAACGAGGCGCCCGUCGGCAUGCGCGCGGGGCUCAAGGGCAGCUACCAGUGGGUGAGCCAGGACAUGAUGGACGUGAUCCCGCGCGGCGAGUGGCGGCAGCUGCUGUUCGUCAUGUGCUUCGUGCACAGCGUGGUGCAGGAGCGCCGCAAGUUCGGGCCCAUCGGCUGGAACGUGCCCUACGAGUUCAACCAGAGCGACCUCAGCGCGAGCGUGCAGUUCCUGGAGAACCACAUCAUGGAGAUGGACGCCAAGAAGAGCUCGCAAAUCACCUGGACCACGGUGCGGUACAUGAUCAGCGAGAUCCAGUACGGCGGGCGCAUCACGGACGACUUUGACCGCACGCUGAUGAACACGUACGCGGAGCAGUACUUCCACCAGGGCGUCAUGGACAAGGCCUGCCAGCUGUACCCCGGCUACAAGGUCCCCGACGGCCUUGAAAUCGGCCACUUCCGCCAGGCGAUCGACGCAUUCCCCAGCAACGAGUCGCCCGAGAUCUUUGGGCUGCACCCCAAUGCAGACCUGACGUUCCGCGCGCUGCAAGUGCGCGAGUGCAUCGGCACCAUUUUGGACACCGCCCCCAAGGCGGGCGCGGCCGCGGGCGGGCUGAGCCGCGAGGAGACGGUGGACAAGCUGGCGGAGGACCUGCUCGCGCGCAUCCCCAAGCCGUUCGGCGGCGAGGAGACCAAGGAGAAGCUGAAGAAGCUGCGCGACGGGCCGGCCGCGCCGCUCAACGUGCACCUGAAGCAGGAGAUCGACCGGCUGAACACCAUUCUCAGCCUGGCCGCCGCCACGCUCACCAACCUGCGCCUCGCGGUUGCGGGCACCAUCGCGCUCUCGGGGCCGCUCAUCGACGCGCUCGACACGCUCUUCGACGCCAGGAUCCCCGCGGAGUGGCUCAAGAAGAGCUGGGAGGCGUCGACGCUGGGCGUGUGGUUCUCGGGGCUGCUGCUGCGGUACGACCAGCUCUUCAAGUGGCUCAACAACGGGCGGCCCAAGGCGUACUGGCUCACCGGCUUCUUCAACCCGCAGGGCUUCCUUACCGCCGUCAAGCAAGAGGUGUGCCGGCGCCACGCGGCUGAGAAGUGGGCCUUAGACGACGUGGUGAUGAGCACGGAGGUGACGUUCCCGGCGCGCGAGGUGGAGAACCUGAAGGAGGGGCCGCAGGAGGGCGUGUACAUCUACGGGCUGUUCCUGGACGGGUGUGCGUGGAACGCCAAGGAGAACCGGCUGGUGGACCCGGAGCCCAAGAAGCUGUACCACCCGCUGCCGCUGCUCUACGUUACCGGCGUGCUCGCGAGCCAGAAGCGGACGGAGAACCAGUUCAGCUGCCCGUGCUACACCAUCAAGAAACGGACGGGGCUCAACUUCAUUGCCAGCUUUGAUCUACGGACAGAGGAGCCGCCGUCAAAAUGGGUUAUGAGGGGUGUGGCCCUUCUUUGCUCGAUAGAUUGAGGGAUCGCUCAAAUUUGCCAUUCUCCGCGGUGUUUUCUGCCUUCUUAGAAGGUACGGUGAUGAAAACCGUAUACCGAAAAACUUAGGUACGGUUUGAAUUGAACGGGUCAAUCGAGCGUCUGCUAGCGAGCAGUUCAAGCUUAUGUGAUCGACUUGUGCGAUGACUCUUGAGUUUCGAUUAUCAUAAGACACGAGAGGAGCCGGUAUUUAUAUUGCUUAGAAGCUUCGAAGAUACCUAGCAAACAGCUACCAAUGUCCGGACAGCGCAGUCCAAUAGUGCUAGCAGCCAUGAUGACCAGCAAAGUUACAAAAACACCUGUUGAUUAUAA